AUGGGCCCUGACACUGAGCACCGCCUGUCAAAUUCUUGUCUGCUAUAUACCCCGGCCUAUAAGACAAACGCCCAGCUAAGCCUUGAGUUCCUAUUACAGGGAACCAAUCAUGUCAGUGGGUCGGUACAGCCCAGAUCUGCUUUGAUCCCCAACACCCAAGCCCGCGAUGCCAAACCCCGUCUUCUUCUCAUGGGGCUUCGCCGGAGUGGGAAAUCUUCCAUUGCCAGCGUCGUCUUCCACAAAAUGCCUCCUAAUGAAACCCUCUUUUUGGAAUCUACAACUCGAAUCCAAAAGGAUUCAAUCCACUCUUUCAUGGAUUUCCAAGUCUGGGAUUUUCCCGGUCAGCUGGAAUACCUUGAACCGUCCUUUGACUUGGAGGACAUCUUCGGCAGCCUCGGAGCCCUGGUGUGGGUUAUCGAUGCCCAGGAUGACUACCUUGAUUCCGUCGCGCGGUUGAACCGUACCAUCUUGACUGUGCAGCAGUACUACCCAGGUAUUAAUAUUGAGGUUUUUAUCCAUAAAGUUGAUGGGCUCUCGGAUGAGUUCCGCACAGAUAUCUACCAGGACAUCGUGCAGCGCAUCUCAGACGAGCUGAGUGAUGCCGGAUACGAAAAUGCACCCGUGCACUACUACCUCACCUCGAUUUAUGACUACUCCGUUUUUGAGGCGUUCAGCAAGGUCAUUCAGAAGUUGAUCCCCAACCUGUCCACCCUUGAGAAUUUGAUCAAUACGCUAGGUAACAAUUGCGGCUUUGAAAAGACCUAUCUCUUUGAUGUGCUCAGCAAAAUCUACAUUGCUUCUGAUACUCGCCCCGUCGACAUGGCCUGCUAUGAGAUGUGCUCCGACUACAUCGACGUGAUCGUUGAUGUCUCCGAGCUCUACUCGUGGGACCAUCCUGAACGCCGGCCCAAGGGGGAUCAGAUCCAGGAAGCGGAAAGCCACGUUGUCCUGCACGAUGACACGAUGAUUCACCUGAUGGAGAUGAACAAGUAUCUCUGUCUCGUUUCGGUCAUCCGCAACCGUGAGUCGAAGGAGAAACGCGGCCUGAUCGAUUUGAACUGUCGCACGUUCCAAGACGGUCUGAAUGAAGUUUUCUCGCGCCGCUGGGAACAACUGGAGGAGCCCAAUCACCUUGAGCAGCUUGGCGACGCUGCCUUAACUUGA